AUGGAUAAAUACCUUCUGAAGAAAAGCAAGCAACCAAACCUCAAUGUGGAACUAGCGACAUCAUUUAGUUUGGACGCUUUUAAUAAUAAUAUGCUAUCUACUUCUGCGACUAAUGCGACUUCUAAAUUAACCUCAAACUCUAAGAAGUCGACUUUUGCCAAUGCCAGAAGUGUUAGCUCUAUUUUAGAUGUUUCUGAAGAAAAGAAUAAACCUAAUGAGUUACUGCUAAGUUUGAAGUCUGUGAGAGUUGUUCAGUACAUGUCAGUUGCGAAUCAAAAAACAAUGAUGGAAAAUAGGAUAGCAUUGAAGAAAAUUUUUUGUACUAUCAGAGUUUUAGCUCUGCAAGGCUCGUCACUAAGAGGCAAUGGCAGCAAUAAACGUUCAAACUUUAAUGAAAUCCUUCAAGCAAGAUCUGAGGAUAUAUUAGAAUUAAGGGCGUGGUUACAUCGAAAAGGACACAAAUGGACAUCUCAUGAUAUACAAAAUGAAAUUCUUGAACUCAUGGCAUCAAAUAUAAAGAUUGUAUCUGACAAUUUAUCUAUCAGAGAAAUUUUUUGGGGAUUUUAUGAUACUAAAAAUACCAAAUCUGAAACGAUUUAUGCUCUUGUUAAGCAUGUAUUUGCUGAGUGUGGAUUGGACAUGAAAAAAUUACGUGGCCAAUGCUACGAUGGAGCAUCUAAUGUUUCGGGAAAAAUAUCGGGACUGCAAACUCAUAUUUGUAAAGAAGAGCCACGUGCUGUAUUUGUACACUGCAACGCACACAGGCUAAACUUGGUUGUUCAGGAUGCAAGAUGUUACUACUGCCAGAAACUUUGUUGGAGUCAAGUUGGGAUCAAAGACCUUAUUACUUUUAUUUGGGACUCCCCAAAACGUCUUGCCGAGUAUAAGGGAUUUCAAGAGGCUGUGUUAAAAGAAGAUGAUGAGGAGAAUCUUGGAAAAGUUUUAACCAUUGCUCCAUAUUGCCCGACUAGAUGGUGUAUGCGAGUUUUUUCGCUGAAAAGGCUUCAGCAAAAAAUAAAUUACAUGGCAGCUUUGCAAUUCUUGGGUGCAAUGAAAAUGAACAGGAAAGUCGACAGCAGUAAAAUUGAACUUCUCAACAAGGAACUACAAGAGUCAAAUCUUUGCGCUCUCGAUUCACACCGAAAAGUGGAUGCUGUCAUGAUAAGUUUGGAGGCUAUGCGAGAUUCAAAGUUUGAAUUAAUUUGGAAAAAGUCUAAAGAAGGAGCUGAAGUAAUUGGGCUCGAAGAACCCAAGUUGAAGCGCCCUCGAACAGUUUCUAAGCACAUUGACUCAAACUUUAAUAAAGCUCAUACCUUCAAAACACCAAAAGAAUACUAUUCAAGGAUGUACUACGAAGUGUUCGACAGAGUUUUGAUGUCUUUAAAAGAACGUUUUGAAACGAGUACACUCUCACAUUUCGAUGAACUUGAAACCUUCUCUAUUGGUGGAGAUAUAGAUAAGAAAAAUAUUAUCGAUUUUUAUGGUGAUGACUUUGAAGAAGAAAAAUUGCUCCGAGAUCGUCAGAUGUUUUUGGACAUAAUUCAACGAAAAAAUGUUCAACUGAGACAUGUGAAAGAUGUAGUAACAUACUUCGAGAACAAUGACUGGUGUGCUGCUCUCGUUUCAGAAUAUUUCAAGCUCAUUCAGCUCCUGACUGUACCAGGUUCCACUUGCACCAAUGAACAAAGUUUUUCCAGUUUAAGACGACUGAACACUUCUACAAUGUUGCAAGAUCGUCUUAAUAACAUUGCAAUUCUACAUGUUCAUUAUGGCAUGACAAAGAAGCUGGAUUUAGAUAAUGUAAACGACCCAGACUCGCAACUAAUACAGUGGAGACACAAGUUAGAGAAGUACGACUAUGAGGUCAUCUACCGAGCUGGAAAAAGAAAUGCAAGCGCCGAUGCCCUAAGUAGAAACCCGAGCACAAGUCAGGUGAACAGCAUCAAGCAGAAAGAAAAAGAAUACAUAGAGGAAGAAAAAAAACAACUCCUAUACAAGUACCACAAUGCACCUAGAAGAGCAUCAAGAGGAACGCACGCUAAACCGCUUAAAACUGGAACACAGAUGGAAGGGCAUGACAAAAGAUGUGGAAAAUCACAUCGCAAAAUGUGA